AUGGCCUCCGAUGUCGAGGGCCUUGACUCCAAGGUGAUCCCCAGAGUCUCAUCUGCACAGUCUUCGUCUUCCUCAACGUACGAAGGCCCUCGGGCCAAGCAGACCGACUGUGCUUUCGAUACGACCGAAGACCCGCGAUACUACAAGCCCAUUCCUGAAUAUGAGGGUGCCCAUCGGUGGGACCCGGACUUUGAAUGGACAGAGGCCGAAGAGACAGCGGUGGUCCGAAAGAUUGACUGGCGGAUUUGCACAUUUGCCUGUUUGACGUUCUUUGCGCUCCAGCUAGAUCGUGGAAAUGUCGUCCAAGCCACAUCAGACAACAUGCUGAAUGAUAUUGGCAUAUCCACAGAUGACUACAAUACUGGCCAAACGAUCUUCUUUGUAACAUUCCUCUUCGCCGAGCUGCCUUCCCAGCUCAUCUCGAAAUGGGUCGGUCCCGAUCGCUGGAUUCCCGUGCAAAUGAUAAGCUGGAGUCUCAUCGCCUCGUGUCAGGCAUUUAUUCAAAACAAGGGCGGGUUCUUCGCGACCCGUGCCAUGCUCGGUCUUCUCGAGGGUGGCUUUAUUCCAGAUACCAUCCUAUUCCUCUCCUUCUGGUACAAGUCCAAGGAGUUACCUCUCCGGCUGGGCUUCUUCUGGAUGACAUAUGAAGCAACCUCAAUUGUCAGCGCCUUCCUUGCUUUUGGCUUCCUCCACAUCCGUCAAUCGGAUGGUACCGGGGGCUGGCGAUAUCUGUUUGCCUUGGAGGGUCUGAUUACCGGGCUGAUCGGCAUCGCCGCUGCAUUCUGGAUGCCACCCUCGCCAACUCAGACCGCGGGCCGGUUCCGCGGUAAGGAUGGUUGGUUCAAUGAGCAUGAAGAAAAAAUUAUGGUGAAUCGGGUGCUUCGCGACGACCCUAGCAAGGGCUCCAUGCACAAUCGCCAGGCUGUUACUCCCAAGUUACUCUGGCAGGCCCUGAAGGACUACGACAUGUGGCUUAUCUACCUGCUUGGUCUGACCUGGAUGAUCCCCAGUACACCGGCUACGGCGUACAUCAGUCUGGAAUUGAAAUCGCUCGGGUUCAGCACUUUCCACACGAACCUGCUCACAAUCCCGGCCUAUGUGAUCUUCAUCGUAAAUCUAUUGUUGUGGACUUGGAUGUCGGAGCGGUUUAAUCAGCGACUCCUGCUUGGUGUCGGUUCUGAGCUGUGGGCUUUGGUCCUCUUGAUCGCGCUGGAGACUGUCUCUGAGCAGGCCAGUCCUUGGGUCCGUUGGGUUCUGCUGAUCCUGUUGAUUGGCAUGCCGUACGUGCACGCCAUUAUUGUUGCCAUCACAUCCCGCAAUGCGGGCUCCGUGAGGACGCGAACGGUGGCGACUGCUGUCUAUAACAUGAUGGUGCAGGCUAGUAACAUCAUUGGCAAUAACAUCUACCGCACCAAAGAUAAACCGUAUUAUCACACGGGUAACAAGGUCCUUAUGGCUCUUGCGGUAUGGAGUAUGGCGAUAUUCAUCAUUGCGAAGCUUUACUAUGUGAAGCGUAACAAACAAAAUGCCGCUCUCUGGGAUAAAAUGUCCAGCGAAGAACGGUCCCGAUAUGUUGUUGAAAACAAAGAUCUUGGAAACAAGAGACUGGACUUCCGAUUUUUACAUUAG